UCCGGAUAAUUGGUUUUCGAUUCCAGGUUAACAACCCCAUGUAACAACACACUUACUACAAAUGAAUAGAAUUUGUGACUAACGUGUGGCAUUUUGGUUUCGGUUUAGAAGGUGGAUGCAUUUCAAGGCAAACGGCGUCGCUCUUUUUAAUAAUAAAUCUCAUCCCUAAAAUUUCUGGAUAAGACGAUGAGUAACAGCGCUGUGUGGACCAUUAUAUUUUACGUCCUCACGCCUCAUUAUUCGGUUUUCAUGUUGAGGGUUUGACGCCCACUCACUGGUGAGUGAGCUGAUUUCUCAGCCUCGCUUGUUGCCUGCUAAUGUUGCACAUCUCUUGCCCUGCUGUUCACUGUUCGUGGAUGAGCUGUUGGCGGCGCCGGAGCCCGCGGAGCUGCGGCUGGAGGUGAAGCAGCGCAGCCCCUUUUCCCAGUCUUUCAGUGUUCCUGUCCCGGCCGAGUUUCUGACCUUCAUCCCGGCACCGCAGAGUGGGCAGUCCCACAGAUAUCAAGGCUGACAGUCCAGGGCACUACAGAGGGAGUGUACUUUCAGAGCUGCUGUCUUUCAGAUGUGACGUUAAAGCUGAGUUCUUGUCUGCCCUCUCAGGUGGAUGGGAAUAAUCCUGGGACACUGUUCUGAAGAAGAGCAGCAUUUUUUAAUGGAAGCAGAAUCUCACAAAGCACUGAUGGCAGAAGAGAGUGCUUCCUGUGAUGGCGAUGCCCCUUCAAUGCCACUAGAGCUUCAGUUACAAGCCUCCCCGAAAGCACAGCCAUAUGUGUGCACUUUGAGUCCACAACUGAUUGCUAAGGCACAAGAAGAGCUUCAGGAGAAACCUGAAUGGAGACUGCGUGAUGUGCAGGCCCUCAGAGACAUGAUUUUAAAAGAACAACCAAACUUAAAAACACGUUUGGAUGACCCCUUCUUAUUGCGUUUUCUCAGAGCUCGCAAGUUUGAUUAUGACAGGGCACUGAAGCUUUUAGUGAAUUACCAUGCAAGCCAAAGGACUUGGCCAGAGGUGUUUACAAAUUUGAGGCCGUCUGCAAUAAAACAUGUUCUAGAUUCUGGAUUUCUUACUGUUCUACCUUAUCCGGAUCCAUUUGGUCGGUGUAUCUUGGUAAUUCGACCAGGAAAAUGGAAAAUCGGUGAUUAUCCCAUUACAGAAAACAUUCGUGCCAUUUAUAUAACAUUAGAGAAACUUGUUCGAGCAGAAGAAAAUCAGGUGAAUGGAAUAGUAAUCCUUGCAGACUACAGUGGAGUUACUUUGUCCCAAGCUGCACAACUUGGUCCAUUCAUGGCCAAAAAGGUCAUUGGAAUUCUUCAGGAUGGAUUUCCGAUGAGAAUAAAAACUGUCAAUGUCAUCAAUGAACCCAUAAUUUUUAAGGGUAUUUUUGCUAUCAUAAAACCAUUUCUAAAGGAGAAGAUGACAGAAAGGUUUGUUCUUCAUGGUUCAGAUCUAAGCUCACUUCACAAAGAUAUUCCACCGAAUACCCUUCCUCAAGAGUAUGGAGGCACAAUGGGAAAACUCAACACAACGGCCUGGACUGAGACUCUGCUGGCAUUUGAGGAUGAAUUUGUAGCAGAAUUUUGUCAGAUACAUACACCAACAGAUAAUUCAUUGACACAAUAUGCAGUGGGGGCAAAUGGUCAGUCAGGCCAACAGUGCGAUGAUUCCUUUCGAGGAGUGAGGUCACCACUGUAUUACUGUUAUUAAUAAGACCCUUGCUUGACAUUUCUGAUGAGGAAUUUUAUUUUGGUGCUGGGGUAUUCAUUCAAAAUAAUGGUCUGCCCACUUUUAAAGUACUCCACAGUUUCUUCAAUGUCUAAAGUUAUAUUGUCAGAAAUGUCUGAAUUGUACUUUUCCGAUUUAAAGAAAUUGAAUAUAUAUUCCUGACCUAUGGCAGUAAUUUUAAAGAGAGCAGCAGGCAAGUUUUUUGAGAAAUUAGUUUAUACAAAAGCUCAACUGUUAGCCAGUCAAAAAUGUGCAAAUUUGAACAGGUUUAAUCUGACUGCUGUUAUGCAAUUAUCUUGAGUUGGCAACACCAAAAAUAGGAACAUUAGGUUUCUAAGCUGAAUGUUUCUCAUCCAGAGAGAGAGGACAAGUCCUCGUUUUUAAGUGAAAAUACUAGUCUCUUAACAUAAAUCUUUUGAAUAUUGAUAAGAUAGUCACAUAAUUUACAUUGUUUAGCAUUUGCAAUGGCCACUAUCUGGCAGUGCUAGGUUUUACAGAAUAACAGAGCCAAAGUAAAUGUUAUAAUUCAAAACAUUAACUGCACACUUUGAUAUUGAAAUGGUGCUGUGGACUUUAAACGGAUGAGGAAACGAACAGUAUUUAUUAUGAACAACUGCCUAUCAGAAGUAUACAGUAAACAGCAUACAAAGAAUGACAGAUUCUUUUUAAAUUAAGUCACAGGUAUCUCUAUUCAUUAUACAGUAUAGUUAACUCAAUUGGCCAGAUGACUGGUUUGCAGUGUAGAGUGAUGCAAACUGUGUGGGUUCAAUUCCUGCACCAGCUGAGGAUACCAUAAAGGAUUGCCCUUCUCAACGUCUCACUUGCCUAAGGUGUAGUGACUCUCAUGUUAAACAACCGCCAGUUGCUGCUAACUAAUGAGAGUGCAGACCAAUGGUCUGGUAACUUUAUUGUAACAGAAGUACUUUUAC